UACGGGAAAACACAUCGCGUGGCGGAACGUGUCAGUGCUCGAUCGAGUCCCACCGAACACCGGACACACAGCACUGACCGCCUGCGCUCCCCGGACGGACCCCCUGCAGCGGGGACUCGAUCGCGGCGCUCGACGACUCCGGAGAAAAGUGACGCGUUUCGGACGGAGCGGAGAGCGCAGAUCCUGAGGAAGCGAACCCAACGGGACGGGUUUACCGGGCGAGGCAGAAACCCGCUGGAUAGGCGAGCAGGGCGGGGACGUCACGAGCCGGACUCUCACCAGUAGAGGGCGCUUCUUUCAAGGACCUCGGAGGACCACUGAGGCUCCUCCGUUUCUGCCCAAAAUCUGUUGGCUCCCAAAACCCCCCAUGGCUGAGAAGAACCUGUGUUCAGCCUUCGGAGGAGCCUCACUAAACUUGUGUGGAAACCUGAAGAACCUGGCAUUGAACCCAACAGAAAUGAGUUCCCAGCACCACCCUGCGGAUGUGAGCGCAGUGCCGCCCUUGCGAGUGCCUCCUCCCGUCCUGGCCGCCAUGGACCUGCGCGUGGACCACCAGCCGACCCCCGCGACCGUGACCUCGGGCGACCCGAGUCGGAGCGAGCGGCAGCUGCAGCAAGACCUGCUGGUGCUCAAGCAGAAGCAGGAGAUCCAGAGACAGCUGCUCAUCGCCGAGUUCCACAGGCAACAUGAACGACUCUCUCGACAGCACGAGGCCCAACUGCAGGAGCACAUGAAGCAUCAGCAGGAGCUGCUGGCCUUGGAGCAGCAACGCAUGGCGGAGUGCCGGAGACAGGAGCAGGAGCUGGAGAAACAGCAGCGGGAGCAGAAGCUGCAGCUGCUCAAGAACAAGGAGCGCGGCCAGGAGAGUGCCGUGGCGAGCACGGAGGUGAAGAUGAAGCUCCAGGAGUUUGUCCUGAACAAGAAGAAGGCCCUCGCUCACAGGAACCUCAACCACCGCGUGCCGGGAGACCCGCGCCUCUGGUACACGAAGACCCAACACGGCUCCCUGGAUCAGAGCUGCCCUCCGCGCACGGGCUGCUCCGCCUCCUACAACCACCCGGUCCCGGGGAUGCACGACCCAAAAGACGACUUUCCGCUGCGCAAGACAGCGUCGGAGCCCAACCUGAAGCUGCGCUCGCGCCUCAAGCAGAAGGUGACGGAGCGACGGAGCAGCCCGCUGCUGCGCAGGAGGGAGCACCUGGUCGGCGCCGCCAAGAAGCGCUCGCUGGACGCGUCAGACUCCGCCUGCAGCAGCGCCCCGGGUUCCGGGCCAAGUUCUCCAAACAGCUCCGGCAGCAUCGCCAACGAGAACGGCGCCGCCGUGUCCGUGGGCGCGUUUGAGCCGUCCGUGGCUCACAGGCUCGUGGCUCGAGAAGGUCCCUUGAGUCACCUGUCCCUGUACACCUCGCCGUCCCUGCCCAACAUCACCCUGGGCCUGCCAGCGUCCGGCCCCGCAGCCCAGGACGGCGACAGACUACCACCCCUCGCCCCUCCCUUCCUGGCAGGGGGACACCUGCCAUCAUACCUGGGUGCCUCCGCCCUGGAGCGCGAUGGCAACUCCAUCCACGGCCCCCUCCUGCAGCACAUGGUCCUCCUGGAGCAGAACCCACUGGUGGCGGGCCUCGGGGGGCUGCCGCUGACCCCGCCGGCGGCCCACACGCUGCGGCAGCACCGGCCGUUGGGCCGAACCCAGUCGGCGCCGCUGCCCCAGAACUCGCAGGCACUGCAGCAGCUCGUCGUCCAGCAGCAGCACCAGCAGUUCCUGGAGAAGCACAAGCAGCAGUUCCAGCAGCAGCUGCACGUGGGAAAGGUCACGGCGAAGCCGAGCGAGACGAGCCGGCAGCGCCGGAGCCACCUGGGGGAGACGGAGGAGGAGCUACGCGAGCAGCGGGUCGAAAGGGAGGCUCCGCCCCCCGCGGUCGCGGUCAAACAGGAGCCGCCGGACGAGCAGCAGCAGCAGCAGGAGGAGGAGGAGGAGCCGCCGCUGCAGCGGGAGAGGGAGGCCGAGCAGGAGCUGCUCUUUGCUCAGCAGGCGCUGCUCCUGGAGCAACAGAGGAUCCAGCAGCUGCGGCGCUACCAGGCCUGCGUGGCGGCAGCCGGUCUCUCGAUCCCGCUGGGGUCGCACCGCCCUCUGUCCCGGGCGCGGUCCUCGCCGGCGUCGGCCUCGCUCCCCGCGGCCGCGGUCGAACCGCCGGCCGAACCGCGCUUCACCACCGGCCUCGCGUACGACGCCCUGAUGCUGAAGCACCAGUGUGCGUGCGGCAACAGCACCGUCCACCCGGAACACGCCGGAAGAGUCCAGAGCAUCUGGUCCCGGCUGCAGGAGACGGGCCUGCGGGCAAAGUGUGAGUGUGUGCGUGGGAGGAAGGCUACGCUGGAGGAGCUGCGGACGAUCCACUCGGAGAGCCACGUCCUGCUGUACGGCACCAACCCGCUGCGGCACAAGCCGGACGGUUCGGUGACGCCCGUGUUCGUACGGCUGCCCUGCGGUGGAGUGGGGGUGGACAACGACACCGUGUGGAAUGAGCUGCACUCGUCCAGCGCCGCCCGCCUCGCUGUGGGCUCCGUCCUCGAGCUCGUCUUCAAGGUCGCGUCCGGAGAGCUGAGGAACGGCUUUGCGGUGGUUCGCCCCCCCGGACACCAUGCCGAGGAGAGCUCCCCCAUGGGAUUCUGUUACUUCAACACGGUCGCCAUCGCAGCCAAACUCCUGCAGCAGAGACUGAAUGUCGGCAAAAUCCUCAUCGUGGACUGGGACGUUCACCAUGGCAACGGAACCCAGCAGGCCUUCUACAGCGACCCCAGCGUCCUGUACCUGUCUCUCCAUCGCUAUGACGACGGCAACUUCUUUCCUGGCAGCGGGGCGGCCGAUGAGGUGGGCAGCGGGCCGGGCGAGGGCUUCACCGUGAACGUGGCCUUCACCGGGGGUCUCCACCCGCCCAUGGGAGACGUCGAGUACCUGCUGGCCUUCAGGACGGUGGUGAUGCCAAUUGCCAGUGAGUUUGCCCCAGACAUGGUCCUGGUCUCCUCUGGUUUUGACGCCAUGGUGGGACACCCGCCCCCGCUGGGGGGGUACGAGCUGACAGGCAGGUGUUUCGGAUACAUGACCAGGCAGCUGAUGGCGCUGGCCGGGGGUCGCGUGGUGCUCGCCCUCGAGGGGGGUCACGACCUCACAGCCAUCUGCGACGCCUCCGAGGCCUGUCUCUCUGCUCUGCUGGGCCUCGAGCUGGACCCCCUUCCACAGGAAGUUCUGCGGAAGAGGCCGAAUGCCAACGCGUUGGAGUCCAUCGAGAAAGUGCUGGAGAUCCACGGCAACUACUGGACGUCGGUGCGGCGCCGCGCCUCCACGCCGGGCUCCUCCCUGCUACAGGCGCAGAGGUGUGAGGCGGACGAGGCCGAAACCGUCUCCGCCAUGGCCUCGCUGUCUGUGGCGCCCAAGCAGAUGGAGAACAGUUCGCAGGACGAGCCGAUGGAGGAGGGGCCGCCGCUGUAGGCCUCCCGGGAGGGGUGUCCUCAUGACCUGGCGAGUCCCGAACCUGCGGCUGCGGUGCGCCCACCUCCUCCAUCCGGAUUUCGCUCGUCGCCCCCCCGGCCUCGGGCACGGAGCCCGAGAGGGGGGUGGAAACGGACCGGCGACAGCGCACAUCCCGUCGGAUCGCAUCCCACAGGUCACACGGAUGGAGGCGCUAAGCCCCGCCCCCGGACAGACUGCCGUGUUUUCGGAGAAAGAGUCCGGCGGAGCUCCCGUUGGACCCUAGUGCCGGGGCUUUGAGAACUUGCUGAGCGUCGCACCGCGGUGCUGCGCUCCGUGUUUCGUCAGACAAACUGAAGAGACCUUUUAAACGGCAGGAAUCCAUGUUGACACGACCCACGAGGCCCCUGUGUUUAUUGUUAGGGGUCAGGGGUCGCAGGGCCGGCUUUUCAUUAGCAGGAACGUGACCGGCGCCGGUUCCCUGUCCGCAGGCGGUUCAAACACAAUGUUGUGCCUUUUUUCGGGCCUUUAGCCCUGGUCUGAGGUUUCUAACACAUCUACAUGAACGUUUGCCUUGAACGAGACCUGUGAUCGGAACCGAGGGGGCGGAGCCCAUUCUGUACGUUCACCGGGAACUCGGCGCCGCUUUUGCUCCAAAACUAAUGAUUUUGGGUGGAAGCGGCACCGGCGAGGUCGUUGUGACAGCAGCUGGAGCCCCUUUCACUUGAACCCGGAGUCGAGCUCUUAAUGCUGCCGCUGCUCUCUCUCCGUCGCCGCAACUGCUUCAUGUAGCACUGAAAGACGUGCGUCGAACCUGAGCGACGACUGUGCCGAAAAUCACUUUAAGCGCUUGACAAAGAAAAAAGCGGAACAAAACAAGCCAAAACAUGACUUGAUUCCCAGGUCAAAGGUCGCAGCGGUUUGAUGCCGCCAGCAGCAGCCAAAUGAAGGUUGUCGGCCUCGAUCGACCCCGGGUUCGGGCCGUGGCUUCGGACCCCCCGGCACCGGCGUGUCCGCGUCUGAGCCGGGAGCUCCUUACGUCCCCUCGCUUUGGAGGGUCUUGCCUUGUCGACACGGAGCUCGGCCGCCGCUCGGGCUCCGAACCCUCGCCGCGGGGGGGUGUGUGAUACCGGGGUACGAGACCGGCGCUCCAACGCGCGGCGUUUUCUCAAGGGCUCCGGACCGGGAGGCGCCGCGUCGGCCGUUGCCUGUUGAACACGCGUGUCUUGCGCAAACUCGCAAGUGGGCAACACCGGGUCCUUUGAGGACAAACACGCCGUUUCCCAUCAGUGAAAGAGCCCCACACGCAUGGGCUGGAAGGUGCAGGAACAUGUACGUUACUAUAGUAAACAAGUCCGCAGUUGUGUCUGCAUAAGCGUGUUGCAUCUCUUUUUUUUUUGGCAUGUUGCAGGUGUGAGAUCUGCCCUCGCUCACCUGUAAAGUGUCGCAUUUGUAGGAAACGAAUGAUGUCUUUGUGUUACUCCUCAUAGCGGCUUCUCCUUUUCGCUCCCGCUGCUCAUUUCCGUCCGUGAAGGAAGUGAACUUGUUGUGACGGUGAACACAGUGACCUUCUUGUGGCCUUUAUUCCUCCUCUGUAAGUGUGUCACAAGUGCGAAAGGUCAUAAAGAGCGUUCGAUCCAGAGCACAACCGUCCGUCUCCUCCUUCAGAAACUGAAGUUUCUCAUCUGCUGUGAGAAUUGUUCUUCACAGACCCUAAUUUCAGCACGAAGUUCCCAGAUAUGAAUCAUAACGGGUUUCCCUCUGUGAUGAUUCUAUGUCCUCAGCUCGACACGUCGUUUUAUUCUCUUCAUUUUAAUUUGAAUAAAUUAUACGUAACGCAUUAAGCUCCGAUAAUAAAUGUUCCAUUUAAGUG